AUGGCUAGUGAGGAGAGUUUUGUUGUUUUGGUUCACCACAGAGGAACCAUUAAGAGAAAAAGUCGUUACGGCGUGAAGUUCACAGAUAAGGAUCCUCUCUGUAUUGUCAUGACUCCUGCGACGAGCUAUGAUGACCUUGUUAGAUCUGUACUGAUGAAACUUGGUCUGGAAGGUGCGAAGCGGGUUAAGAAGUUUUUCUAUCGCAUUCCAAUCAUGGUCCUCCAGGAUACCGUGAAGUAUGACUAUUUCACGAUUGGUAGUGACGAUGACUUGCAAGUCAUGUUUCUUUGUCGGCGGCAGUUUCCCGAGGUGAGGACACCAGAAUUGUUGGCAAAGCUGGUUGAUGUGGUAUCCAGCUCAGGGGGUUCAAACCGGAAUACCACCAAUUUAGCCACGGCAGCCGGUUCUAGUUCUAGGCCUGCCAUUGGUUCUUCCUCUGUCCCUAUGUAUGAGCCAGUGGUCGAAGCUGUCGCCUCCCCGUCUUUUGCUGUGGAUCUCAAUGGCAGCGGAGGCGACGAGGUAGGUUCAAGGGAGAAUCUACCGAACCAUUUACUGGGCGUUGCAUCGGUUGGCGUUGGAGAUGGAUUGUUGGCUGAUGCAGAGGAGGAUGACGUCGAGCCGGAUAUGAUUGACGACGACAGCGGCGAUGAUAUUGGAGCGAGUGAGCCUCCAUUGGCGGUAGGUGGUUCUAACUCUGGCACACAGCAGUAUCCACCACAUUUUUCCUCCUUGGACUUGGAUGCCAUGCGACAGGAGGGAGUUUCUGGGCACUCUGUUGGAUUCGGAGCUAGAGAUGCGGAAGGGACUGCUGGUCUGACAGAGUUCCAGGUCGGUCAGCAAUUUCAGGAUAAAGAUCAGGCCCUAUUAAGUGUGAAGACUUACAGUAUCCGGCGAGGGGUACAGUACAAGGUAGUCGAGUCUGAUUAUCGCCGGUAUGUGGGCAAGUGUUCUGAGUUUGGGAAUGGGUGCACAUGGUUGAUUCGACUGAGUCUCCGGCAGUGCAAGGGCAUUUGGGAGGUCAAACGAUACAAUGGACCUCACACUUGUCUUGCCACCUCCAUCUUGAGUGACCACAGGAGUUUGGAUUACCAUGUGAUUUCGGCGUUCAUUAUGCCAAUGGUUAGGGCGGAUGCAUCCGUCAGCAUCAAGGUGCUACUGAAUGCCACAGCAGCACACUUUGGGAUGAGUCAUACAACGAGCUGCCCAGGUGGGUGUUGGGAGUCCAGUUGA